AAGUAGUUAUCUUAUUAUGUUAUUGUUACUUGAUUGCUAUAUUAUUGCUAUCUUAAUACAACAAUAAAGUCUGUUAACUUCCUCGCGUAUCUUAUUUAUUUAAUUUAAUCCUGGUUUCAUCUCCGUAGGAAGUAGUCAAUCCAUACCUAAGGUAAGGCACCUCCUAUGCUUAUCUGCCAUGGCUUCUGUAAUACGUAGUCCAUUGGCUACGCGUUAUCGUGUAAGCCGUCUUACACCUACUGCGCAAUUCCAAUUUCCUACCAGUAGACGGUUAUCUGCGUCGUCUUCGCGGUUUCUGCAACCAAACCUAUUAUAUGGAACAUCGCAAUAUUAUAGCACGCAAACUACCAGCCAGCAGGAGGAUGAUCUGCUUAAGACCCUAAAGGUGCAGAAGGAGAGAUUUAUGGGCGCAUUGCAUCACACAUGCUCUUUCGGGAGAGGGAAGCGAUGGGGAAGUGCGCCAAAUGAGACGGGUAUGUCACGGCUCGCGCUGAGCGAUUCGGAUAAACAGGUUCGAGAUUGGUUCGUCAAUGCAACCAAGGCUUUAGGGUGUACUGUUACUAUCGAUAGCAUUGGUAACAUAUUCGCCGUGCGCCCUGGUCGACGCGAAGGUCCAGCGACGUUCGCCGGAUCUCAUCUUGACACACAGCCAAGUGGCGGUCGGUAUGAUGGGAUUCUCGGUAUUAUGGCUGGCAUCGAGAUGCUUCAUGUGCUGCGGGAAUACCAGGUGGAGACUGAAUUCCCAGUUGGGGUUGUGAACUGGACCAACGAAGAAGGCGCUCGAUUUCCAAUUAGCAUGAUGGCUUCAGGGGUGUGGGCUGGGGAGAUCCCCCUCGAUCGCGCUCAUAAAACUCAAGAAGUAGGCGGAGGUACGGCGACAGUUAAGUCUGAAUUAGAGCGAAUUGGGUAUCUCGGCUCAACACCAGCGAGCUAUCGGAACAUUCCUAUGGCCGCCCACUUCGAACUGCAUAUCGAGCAGGGUCCGAUCCUAGAAACGGAGAAGCAGAAAGUCGGAGUCGUAAAAGGGGUUCAAGCGUAUAAAUGGUUUACCGUCAACGUUGAUGGGCGAGAUGCACACACUGGCACUACACCUCUCGAAAGCCGCGCUGAUGCGAUGCUGCUCGCAGCCCGCUUAAUCACGCAUACGCAUCGCCUAGCAACUGCGCAUAACGCACUUGCUUCGACCGGCAUCCUAACGCUGAGCCCCGGCAGCACAAACACGAUUCCGGGCCGUGUGAGCUUUACGCUCGAUAUCCGUGCUCCUGCUGAUGCCACCGUCGAGGCGAUGGAGGCCGAUCUAAAGCGGGACUUCGCAGCGCUAGCAGCGGGGAAAGACGUCGGCGGACUCCUCGCCGAUUCGACGCCAGGAAAGCCGCUCAGCGUCGGGUGGCGGACGGACUUCGUUUCUCCCGCUACGAUAUUCCACCCGGACUGCAUCGACGUGGUGCGAGCUUCGGCUGCAGCAGUCACUGGCGACAGUAGCCUUGUGCGGGAUAUGAGCAGCGGAGCGGGGCACGACAGCGUGUAUGCUAGCCGGCGAUGUCCGACGAGCAUGAUAUUCGUUCCGUCAAAGAACGGUGUCAGUCACAACCCCGAGGAGUACACUAGCCCCGAUGAUUGUGUACUAGGUGCGGAAGUUUUGCUGCAGAGUGUACUGAGAUAUGACCGUAUGAGGGCCGACGGUGAGGCGCAAACGGUUUAGAGAAAUAGGAGAAUAUCGAUAGCUACCAUGAAAAAAAAGGUUCCACAUUUCGGCCUGGAAGGCAAUAAACUACAGUAUAUCGAACAUAUAACACGUUAUUGGCAAUCGAAGUUGUGAUCUAGAGACGGAAUUGUUAAUGUGUUGUUUUAACUGUUUACGUCGCUGGAAGGCUCGGACUGUUUUUUCUUUCUAAAACAAAAAACGUAAAAGGGGCUGCACUAGCUCAAUCG